AUGUCGACAGCGGUGCAUCCAGUGCUUCGUCUCAUCAACCGGUGCGAUACGCUGGCGCAAACCUUCGACACGCAUUUCUCUGCCUCCUGUACGCUCCUUUCCAACCUAGCAGCCGGUACACCAGCCGCUGGCUCACCCACCACGAUGGACGACACGCUCAUGUCGCUCCGUUCGACACUAGCCUCGUGCGAGGAGGUGGUGGGUCAAAUGCUGGCAUGCAUCUACGAAGACAUCCCGCAUCUGCUCGACCAGUUGGAUCGCGAAGGGGCCGGUCAGGGCGGUCCCGGCGUUGUUGGGAAUUGGAACCCCCGCUUGGCACUCGACGGCAUCUCCCAGCUCUUCUACUCAUACCAAGACCUCCUCACAGAAAAACGAGAGCUACUGGCAGAUUUCACAUGCGAAGAGAUCGGACCGAAGGAGUUCGUAGACGGCUGGACGAGUGUUGGCGGAGAUCUAAAAGAGCAGAGGAAACAACAGGUGGAUGACUUGGCGGAUCUGCUCGCUGCUUUCUGA